UUAUCACUUCUUAAUUUUUACUCAUUUCGAUCGUGGGUUUACUUCUUCCCCAAUUUACUGCUAUGAUUUCAAUACUCUUGCCUCAUAUCUUAUUUAGUAUACAUUCAUAUCUGGUAUGUUUCUUAGGAAGUAGGUGAUCUUAUGUUAUCGGAUGUAAUCAUAUCAAUUGGACACAUUCAUAUAUUCAACUGACAAAUUAAUAGAAUCGUAUCAAUUGGGCACUUGAGAAUUUGUCUGCUUAAACAUGGGAUGGAUACGGCAUUCAUAAUGUAGGAUGUCUUUCAGGCCGGUUCCUUGACAGAAAUUAAAAACCAGGCUCAGUUUUUAAGUUUAGGUUAACAAAUGAACCAAUGAAUUCCAAGAUUUCAGGAUUCUCUAAUGAGUACGAUUUCAGGGAUGCUGCAGUGGUAGGAAACUUUAGUGUUAGACCAAUUAGACGGUUUUCAGGCCUGGUUGAGUACUCUAAUGAGACUUUGAGGCCUUAUGGGCAGCAUGCAGCAAUGUUGACAGAAGACACUUUGAAAUAGAUGGUUCAUAGGAAUGAGAAAGGUGAUCGUGGUCCGACUGUUAGCCGUUCGGCAGAGAUCUUUCUGAUAUUUCCAGCUGCUAACCCUUACUGACUUCUGUUUGCUAACGGCUAAUAAUUCGACCAGGAUCAUCUUUCUCAUUCCUAUGGUCCAAUUGUUAACCAUUCACCAGAGUGAGAAACGCUUGGUUGAAAAUUCUCCACUAAAUUUAAUCCUGCAAAGAGUUUACUCGAUGUUUGCUGUAUUUUUGGUGGGGGAAAAUGGGGGAGGAUCAUGGUAUUCAAUGUUAACACAUGGUAACUCCUAUGCAAAAGUAAACAUAUGGGAGGUAUAUAUGCUUACCUGAGACCUGAGAAUGUUCAACCAAGCUUUGCUAGCUCGAAUUGCCUGGAGAAUUUUGUCACAACCAGAGGCAGUGGUGUCUUUUCUUUGAAUGGCCAAGUAUUUCAAAAACUCACAUUAUGUGCUAGUGACUUCUGGGAGCUUGAGAUCUUAUACCUGGAAAAUUACUAUGCAAGCUCAGAAAGUAGCUCCACCUGAUUUGCAGUGCAAAGACAAGUUCCUAAUCCAAUGCACAGUUAUUCCAUUUGGGAUAUCAGAGGAGGAUGUUACAUCUAGCAUGUUCGCAAAAGAUAGUGGCAAAUACGUUGAAGAGAAGAAGUUAAGAGUGGUGCUCACCAGCCCACCCACUUCUCCAGCAUUUCUACCUGUUAAUGGGGAGUUGAAGCAAGAUCUUUGUUAUGAAACUUCAGUGGAAAAGGACAGAGUUCCGAAUGGAGUUGAAAACAUACCUUCACCUCAAAGGGGUGCUGACAAUGUUGACGGGUUUGACAGCUAUGAGGAUAUGGAUGAGUCAAGAGCAGUUAAGCAUGCAGAGGAAUUGAAACCAGAAAAGAAUGCUGUUGAGUUGAAUUUAGCAAAGGAUUUUGAGGAGUUGAAAUCAAAGCUCAGGACAGUGAAUUUAAAGCUAAAAGAGGCUGAUCUUACCAUCUUUAAGCUAACAGAAGAGAAGAGCAUGACCACUCAAGAGAAGAAUAUGCUAAAACAGGAAUUGGAGUUGUUGAGGAAGAAGAACAAUGCAAGAAGAAUUAUGGUUGGGUUCCCUGUUCUUUAUGUUUUUCUGGUUGCUCUUAUCAGUAUAGCAAUCGGAUACUUUGCCCAUCCUUAGAGAAAAGUAUAAUUCUGUCCAGAUACAGUAAAUGAGAUCAUUUUUCUUUCAUGACCAGAAGGAUCUUCUUGCAUGUCUAUGACCCCAGAAGAUGUUCUAUGUCAUCACUAAUAUAUGUAUAAAUAUAUGGACCAUCUAAAUUCUGCAUGUAAGGAGAGCUCAUCUUUCAAUCAAAAUAAAAUAAUAUGUCAUUUGUUGGUGUUCA